AAAUUAUUAUUUUAUUGAAAAUUGUUUCAAGAAAAAGCUUAAUAAACCUUAACAGCUAAAACUAGAUCAAUAGGUCUCCCCAUACACCCAAUUUAUGAAGCUAAAAUCGGGUCAUUAAAUUAUAGUAAACUAACUAUGAAGCUAAUUUAUGAUUCUAAUAACACUGUGAUCUCUCCGUCUUAGAUGGAAUGAUUAAAAUACCAAAUUCAAUGAUUGGGUUUUUCAAACAUUGGUUUGCUACAUUUAUAUUCACCCCAUGCAUGCAUCUCAUAUAGUCGAUUCUGAGUUCAUAGAUCAUGGCAGCCUUACACAUUAGCCUUCUAGUUCUAGUUAUACUUUUCCCCCUCUUCCUACUGUUUCUUGUCAAGAAACAAACGACGCGAGGUCUCCCUCCUGGCCCUAAGGGCCUUCCCUUAAUAGGAAAUUUACUCCAGCUUGAUAAUUCCAACCUUCCGAAACAUCUAUGGCUACUUUCCAAACAAUAUGGUCCCCUUAUGUUCUUAAGACUAGGGUCAAAGCCAACCCUUAUAGUUUCCUCUGCAAAAAUGGCAAGAGAGGUAUUGAAAACCCAAGAUCUUGAUUUUUGUAGCAGACCGCUUUUGGCUGGUCUUCAAAAAUUAUCCUACAAUGGUUUAGAUUUGGCUUUUGCACCUUACGAUGAUUAUUGGAGAGAAAUGAAAAAAAUAUGUGUCAUUUAUCUUUUAAACUCCAACAGAGUCCAAUCUUUCCGUCCUAUUAGAGAAGAUGAAGUUUCGCGUAUGCUUCGAAACAUAUCGAGUUUAGCCAAUGAUUCUAAACCUGUCAACUUGACUGAACAAAUGAUGGCUCUUACAAGUGCUGCAAUAUGCAGAGUUGCCUUCGGUAAGAGAUAUGAGGAAGGAGGAAGCCAAGCAAAUAGGUUUCAUCAGCUGCUCAAUGAAACUCAGGCCUUGUUUGUUGGCUUCUUCUUUUCUGAUUAUUUUCCCUAUUUCGGUUGGGUUGUUGAUAAACUCUCUGGAAUGGUUUCUCGCCUUGAAAAGAAUUUCAGUGAAUUUGAUAUUUUCUACCAACAGCUCAUUGAUGAACACCUGGAUCCAAACAGAGAAAAGCCCGAGUAUGAGAACAUCCUAGAUGUUUUACUUCAGAUUUGGAAUGAUCGUUCUUUUAAAGUUCAACUAAGCUUCGAUCACAUCAAAGCAAUUCUUAUGAACGUAUUUGUUGCUGGAACAGACACAAGUGCAGCUACUGUGAUUUGGGCCAUGGGCUUUCUAAUGAGAAAUCCAGAAGCAAUGAGAAAAGCUCAGAAAGAAAUUAGAAACACAAUUGGAGAAAAAGGAUUUGUAAACGAAGAUGACGUUCAACAAAUGCCUUACCUUAAAGCUGUGGUGAAAGAGACAAUGAGACUACAACCAACUGUGCCAUUAUUAGUCCCCAGAGAAACUGUUCAGGAUUGCACUUUAGGCGGGUUCCACAUACCUGCCAAAAGCUUAGUUCAUGUAAAUGCAUGGGCAAUUGGAAGAGACCCUGAAGUUUGGGAGAAGCCAUUAGAGUUCUAUCCCGAUAGAUUCUUGAACAGUAAUGUUGACAUGAAAGGACAAGAUUAUGAGCUUAUUCCAUUUGGCGGCGGCCGGAGAAUUUGUCCAGGUAUAUUUAUGGGAAUAGCUAAUGUGGAGCUUUCACUUGCUAAUCUUCUGUACAAAUUUGACUGGGAAAUGCCAGCUGGGAUGAAAAGGGAAGACAUAGAUAUCGAUGAUGUGCUGCCUGGUAUUGCCGUGCGCAAGAGAGAUCAUCUCUUGCUGGUGGCCAAGAUAUAUAUCUGAUGUUCAUCAUCUUAUAGUGCAGUUUUUGUACCUGAAAUCAACUGUAGGAUUCCUUUCGAAUUUUCUAAUUUGUAAUAACUGGUGAGGCCAGUCGCAAUUUCUUCGACUUGUUUCUAUUUUUAUGAAAAAAAUAAUUAAAUGUUGUUUCAUCAAUA